ACUUUUAUAGUGGUAGUAUUUUCUCGAUACUGGAAGGGGAGGAAGAGAAGUGGUUGUUGGUUAGCUCUCCGGGGGGCGAGAAGUUAGUGAAGGCAACUGCCGGUCGGGCAUGUCGCAAUCGUCGGCCGGUGGCACACCGAUAGCGAGCGGGCAGUCCUGUCUGGUCGCGAUGUUGGUGAUGGUCGCGGACACGCAGUCGGAUGGGGGAGGAAAUGUUUUUGGGGGAAGAUAUUACUUUUCCCUGUGGUUGAAGAAGAGAAGAUAUAUUGAAGAAUGAGAAGAGGAGAGGAGUAGCAAUUGCUUUCCCUAAAACAGCAAAACCCCCUUUUUUCUAUUCAAACGUCCAAUAGAUUUGCCUUCCAAUGAGUCAACUAUUUCGAGAAAAAUGUUGGGAAAAGUUGGGGAUUUUUUUGACAUUGAAAUGAAUGGGUUAGGUCAAAUAAAAGUAAAUAAAUAUAUUUAUUUUCAUUAAUUUAUCCUCAUCAUUGUCGAGAUACAUUUAUUUAUUUUCGUUGUCCUCAUUUAUCCCCCAAACUAAAUUUAGCGAUUGAAAGAGGGAGAAAGGAUCAAAUUCGCAACAUUUUGG